GCCUAUUGUGACAUGAAGACUGAUGGUGGUGGAUGGACUGUCUUCCAAAGAAGAAUGGAUGGGUCUGUUGACUUCUAUCUCAACUGGACUGAUUAUGUUCAUGUUACAACCAUAGCUAUAUCCAUUGUAAAAGGAAACUGUCCAUCUGAUGUGGAAAUUCAAGGUAAUUCUACCACUGAUUAUAAUCUCCAUGCAUCUGGAUAUAGUGGUACUGGUGGAGACUCACUUGGAGUACAUAGUAUAAUGAAGUUUACUACUAAAGACAAUGAUAAUGAUCGAAAUAAUACUGGUAAUUGUGCUGUGGGAUGGACUGGUGCAUGGUGGUAUAAUCACUGCCACUGGUCCAACUUAAAUGUAAAUAUGGAGAUGAUGAUUUUGGGAAGGGAAUAA